AUGGUCGACUCACCCCCCACCUACUCUGAACAGGCCCGGUCGAUGCAGUCCCAGGUACCCGAGUCGGACCCUCCGCCCUACACUACUACUACUGCUACUACUGCUCCACUCCGCUCCACCCAACCCGGCAAUUCCUCCUCUACCACUACUACCACCUCUCCUGCCAUCGCAACCACCACCACCACUACCACAACCAAUAACCAACCCCUCUCCUGGUUCAAAUCCCUCGUCAACAUCUUCACCCGAUCCCCCGAAUCAGCCGCCUCCCGCCGUCAGAAGAAAUCCAGACGACGAUACAGCCAGCGGAUCCGCGCCCGCGAGAGAGAGCUCCGCACCAAGAGAGAAGGCUUGCCCGGCUUCUUUGCGGGCCCUGCGGCUGGUGGGGUUGGUGCUUGUUGA